GUGAGAAGACCACCCGCACGGGAGGGAACGGAAGAAAGAGGCGCUCCUCUUUUUUUCUGGAGACCACAGAGAGUCGGAGAAACUGUGCAGAAUCGGGACUGGACACUUUUUGGAGGGGGAAUUAUUUCUCGCAUGAGGCGAGCUGGAUCUGUACAGCGGGGCGCACACUGCUACGUCUUUUCAAUGGAUUUCAAUACAGUGGAAGUACUCUGGGAAUUAAACUACUGUUAAGUCGCUUUUAGUUCGCGAAUUUCGUUCCAACAAGGGUUUGUUUCACAUGGAGAGGACGACGAUGAUCAUCGCAGUAUUGUAUGUCCUCCUGCCUCUUUUAGAUGUGUUGUCUUACGCCGAGGAGAACCUGCGUGCUGGGGCCACCCGGCUGGACUGUGUGAGGGCCAGUGAGCAGUGUCUGAAGGAGCAGGCGUGCAGCACCAAGUACCGCACGAUGAGGCAGUGCGUGGCCGGCGGCAAGGAGAGCAACUUCAGCAUGGUGGCCGGCCUGGAGGCCAAGGACGAGUGCCGGAGCGCCAUGGACGCGCUCAAACAGAGUCCGCUGUACAACUGCCGGUGUAAAAGGGGCAUGAAGAAAGAGAAGAACUGCCUGCGCAUUUACUGGGGGAUCUAUCAGACAUUACAAGGUAAUGAUUUCUUGGAGGAUUCACCGUAUGAACCUGUGAAUAGCCGUCUAUCUGACAUUUUCCGGCUGGCUCCCAUCAUAGAGGGUGGGGAACCUUGGAGCGGCUCCUCCACUUCGGCUCCAGGCAGGGGGGGCGCCCAGGGCAGGCUAUCCCAGGGCAGAGAGCCCGCUCUGGGGAGAGGGGGCCCCUCCUCCACGGAACUUCAGGAUCCCAGUAGAAACAGGAGAGCUCAUCCCAAUUGGGCCAUACUGGGUGAGCCUGCCGUGGCCAGAGAGAAUAACUGCCUGAACGCCGCCAAGGCCUGCAACCUGAACGACACGUGUAAGAAGUACCGCUCGGCCUACAUCAGCCCCUGCACCAGCCGCGUCUCCACCGCUGAAGUCUGCAACAAGAGGAAAUGCCACAAGGCCCUGCGGCAGUUCUUUGACAAGGUUCCCCCGAAGCACAGCUACGGCAUGCUGUUCUGCUCAUGCCCGCUCAGCGACCAGACAGCAUGUUCUGAACGCAGGCGUCAGACCAUCGUCCCCGUCUGCUCGUACGAAGAAAAACAGAAGCCCAACUGUCUGGAACUGCAGGCCUCCUGCAAGACCAACUACAUCUGCAGGUCACGACUGGCUGACUUCUUCGUCAACUGCCAGCCGGAGCCUCGCUCGCUGUCAGGCUGUCUGAAGGAGAACUACGCAGACUGCCUCCUCUCAUACUCCGGCCUGAUUGGUACCGUGAUGACUCCCAACUACCUGCGCUCCCCCAAAAUAAGCGUCUCCCCGUACUGCGACUGCAGCAACAGUGGCAACAACAAGGACGAGUGUGACAAGUUCACCGAGUUUUUCACGGAGAACACCUGCCUCCGUAAUGCCAUCCAGGCCUUCGGGAACGGGACAGAUGUGGGAGUGUGGCAGCCGAUGUCCCCUGUCCAGACCACCACCUCCACCACCACCCCCUACCAGAGGAACCGCGAACGCAACCCCAACACCAUCGACAACCACAUCAACACAGACACCGGCAUCUACCACUUCUGUGGCAGCCUACAGGCUCAGAAAUUAAAGUCAAACUCAACCGUCCAUGGCCUCCUCUGUGUGGACCCUCAGAUAGACGGUCCGAGUACAUCCAACGCCAUCCUGAGAAACUCAGCUGUCUCCAGACGGCCUGCAGGCCUGGCCUCUCUGCUGCCCCUGCUGCUCUGGCUGUGGUAUUGCAGCCUGCUGGGGCUCUCCUCGCCAGGCGUCUUGUAGCCUCGCCGCCUCACAGCAACAAACUAGAACGGACUGACAAACACACAUUUGUAUAAAAGAAAAAGCAAAACAAGAAAUGAUAUCCUUUCUUCUCAGUAAUACCUGUUGUACUUUAAUUUCCCUCUGGAUUCUCUCUUUUGAUUCCUACUUUGAUUUUUUUAUGAAUUUUUGGGAAGCUUUGUUGUUUUAUUGUUUUUUUGUUCUUUGCAUUGCAGCUGUGUGCUAAAAUUGGUGAUCUACUAUACGUGUUAACUCAGUUUGGCUGUGUGUUCCCUUUGGGUUAGUUGAAAAAAAAAAAGACAAAAAAAAAAAAGAACAUUUAAAGCGUCCGUGUUGCUCACUUGGGCACAAAUGAGAAAAUGACUCGAGGACCACAUUCCAGUCCGCCACAGCUGGUGGCUCUCGUAAAGUUUCACACAAUGUAAAUUAGCAUCGAUUUUCCGAGUCGUCAGAUCUGUUUUCACCCACGUCUGUUUGUGUGUUGAGGCUAUAGGUGGGAUCUUUCGCUUAAAAGUCACAGUCAGUUCAGUAACGGCUACAUUUUAUCACUUGGGCAGCCUUUUAGGUGUUAUCCAGUCUCCUCUGUGGUUUGUGUAUGUUUUGAUAAUGAUGUGAUCUGGUCUUUGAUUUUUUAAUGAAAGCUCCACACGCAUAUUUACCAGAUAGAAAAAUGUCACUUGAUUUUUUUUUUUUUUUUUUUCAGAUUUGAACACCAAUAACUUAAAACAACAGAGAAGUUAGAAGAUCUGCGCCCAAACCGUCUUUAGUGUAGCUCAUACUGAACACGCAGCACCGCUGGCAAAAGCACACAGGCAAAGACCCACGGACAUGUACUGCACACUUUCACGCACACAGACACACACAGCGCCAGAUGUUCGUCAGUUUUUUUUAUACUCCUGAAGCGACGCUCAGAUCACAGGAAGAACAGGGGUUAGCACGCUGCCGUGGACGGCUGAAUCCACUCAUUCGUGAUUGUACAUACUCGUCAUUGUUAGAAGCCGCGUUCAGUGUUUCUCUGUGGACGGCGACAGAGAAGCUGCUGCACUUUCACCUCAACACUUCUUCUUCUUCUUUUUUCACUUUUGAUGUAAUUUGCUGCGCCGCGUCCUCGGAAACAUCCGCCGAGGAGAAAAAAUAAUCUUAUUGUUGUAGAGUAAAUUCAGCGGUGACUCGCACCACCAUCGCACCACGAACUCAUCGUGUUCUGUCAGUUCAGUGUUACGACUUAUUGCCUCAAUAGUGAAACCGUCGCCGCGAGGGAGCGAUCGCUUGAAAUUGACCGUUUGCAAAGCUCCUCCUGCUGCCACGACAGCUGAGUUUUAGCGUAGCAUGUUUGCAGUUGCACAGUCGGCUGUGGCUGAGUUGCUACUCGGAGUUAGCCUUUGAUUUCAGAAAAAAGCGUCUUAAUUUUAGCUGGGGACUCUCACGUCUGUUUACAGCUGACUCGUUUAAAAAAUUAAACCCUGAAUAAGAGGUUUUGUUAUGCAUUUGACGGCUACAUUGAAUUAGCAUAUCUUGCUAACUCAGGGCCACAAAAUACAAACACUGCUAAAGGUAAUAAUUUUUUGAUGUGUGCGACACUGAAAUGAAGCAGCAGAAUAAUACAGAAUAGAGUUACUUAGCACCACAGCAUAAUAAGGGAAAUUAUAGCCUAAACUUAGACUGUUAUUUUAUUAUAAUCCAUUUAUGUUGUUUUAUAGAUAAAACUUGGACAAACAGGUUAAUCAGGAGAAGAGGGAAAAGGCUUUUGGUAUCUUGGGUAGACAUCGUCAGACUCAUCACCGAGCAGGACCGAGCAGCUACUUUGGAAGUAAUGCGAUGGUCCUGCUGUAAUUUGAACGCUAUCUAGCCAGGUGUGCUAACAUUAGCAGGUACUUUUGCUUUUUUUGGUUCUGGAAAGUUAGAAAAACACCAUCCCUGCAGCUUGUUGGACGCAGUCUGUCUCCUGAUCCCCACGUUCGCGUGCUGAUUGGACUACAAGGCUCGAAAAAGCUGCUUUGCUUUUUGAAGAAUCGCUGUUUGAGGGAGGGGUUUAGCAAACGGUCAAUUCUGACUGCGGCGAACGUGACAUGUGACAUUUGUACUGUAUGUAAACCGUCAAAGCGUUUUCCAUGUCUGCUCCCGAGGGCAGCUGGGAAAAUAAAAAAGCCACAGCAUCGCACUUCAUCGUCUCUUCGUCAUCCGAAGGGCGUGCGGCUCAUCCGCACAGGAAAUACUAACUCCUCAUUUUUUCCCUACGACACCAGACGUUCACAUACAUGACUGUGGCAUGUUCAGCAAGUUACUUUCACCCUUUGGACAGUGACGGGAGCAUUUAUGACAUGCUGCUUGGGUUUAUGUAGCUCCUCAAAACAUGAUUAAUGUAUAGUAGAACUUAAAUGUUAUUUACCGAGCAUAAACAUGGUAUAUGCACUGUAUGUACUUGGCUGAAACUAUAAAGUGGACAAAUAAAUGUCUGAUGAUAUUCUAUUCCAGAGCAUUGUGAGCUAUUUUGACAUUCAGAUACAACAUAGAGUACAUUGAAUAAGCCAGAAUAUUGUUUUUUAUAACAACUUAAGUGUAUAUUUCUCCCAGUAUGUACAUGAUUAUUGAAUAUUAUUGCAUCUGACAAAGAGGAUAUCAAUGUAACUCUCCUUCUGUAGUUAAAUAGCCCCAUUAUAAUGUUGCUUCAAUAUACUAUUGAUUUUUUUUUUGGCUCAGAUUUGAACUUAUUUUUCUAUCUUUUACUAAUUUCUGCUGUUUCGGUGAGUUGAAGUGAAAGAGAUGGACCGGCCACGCUCAUAUUUUAAUUGUGCAACUUUUUUAAGACUGUUCGGCGCCGUGGCCGCAAUUAUUCUGGGUUUUCUGCUGAAAUAAUUAUGGCGGCAAUAACUAGAGGUUGAGCAGAAAGGACAAACGCAUGGUGACUGAGAAGGACAUAAAACAAAGUUUAAAGACACACAUGUUCUAUAUCACACCACUGAAAGCUUUGUUGUGGUGUAUUUGGCCAGAGGUGGGCAAACGGGAAUAUUCCCACAGGUUGGAUGGAAAGUUAAAGAAAAAUGCUUUUUGUUGCUACACGACAAAAACUGGGACUGAUGACAUUUCUCAGAGCUGUGUCUCACAGUACGUCUGAUCAUUUUAUAUUUGGAUCCCAGUGUCCUAUCUUCAUCGGCCCUGGAACAUGAGAUAAAGUUUAAAGAGGCGGUUCAGUGCUUCACCUUUCUUCAAAGAGUUCCUCGGAGCUCAUAAGGCCUCAAAACUGGGGUCACCUCCUCCUGAUGUAAGGGUCCCACCUUUGGACAAAAAAAAGAUAAAGAUGUUCAAUAUGUUUGCUGUCCAUCUCCAUCCCAUCUGUUGUUUGAAGAAUACCAAAAACGGCUUUUUGGAGAUGCAGACUCCCUCAGAUAUCCAGCAUCGGUAACU